CUCCGCGCGGGGCGGUUGCGUAAGCACGCGAUGCGCGGAGCGCGCUUAGGGCCGAAACCACGCGCGGCUGACGUGACGGCACCCACCACGCGCCCACCUCCGCGCGGAGGGAGGAACGGUAUUCACCGCACGUACACGUCAGCGCCCGCCCCUGCCUUCAAACGCCGGGAGUGGCAGCGAGCGCCACCAAUCAGCGGGCAGGGAUGCCGCUGCUCACACCAAUCACGGGAAUUCCUCCAGAUUCAGCAACCUUCUAAUCACAGUGACUUCAGCUGCCCCAUCUGUCUCCAAACAGUGACUCUCCCAGUAGAAACCAACUGUGGACAUCUAUUCUGUGGAUCUUGUCUAAUUACAUACUGGAAACAUAGUCUCUGGUUAGGAGCAAUAAUGUGCCCUCUCUGCAGACAAAAGGUGGUGGUUCUGGAUAACAUCUCUUGUGAAAAGCUACACGAUAAGCCAAGUAAACAGAUUGUACAUGACAUUAGAGCUUACAACAAGCGUUUCUCAGGGCAACCUCGACCCUUUGCAGAUUACCUCUAUGACAUGCCACUAUUCCUGACUCUUGCCUUGCGAGGAAUCUUCACCUGGGGUGGUCUCAUGUGCAUUUUUUUCCUAAGAGUUGUUGUUUGCUCCUUUGGAACAGUCAUAUGCUUAUCGUCUCCUUUUGACACGAUGCCUGGGCCUCUCUGUAGAACACUCGGAACAGCUGAUGAUAUGGUGGUUGUUUCCCUUCUUUUAAUUUGUGUGAUAAACAUUUGUCAGCAAAUUGCAACAAAUGGGGUAAAUAUGGCAAGGUCUGCAGCUCAGAGCAUGCUGUCAGAAUCCUGAGUGACUCAAACUUUGAUUUCUCAGUCAAACUCAAUCAAACAGUGACAGGCUUCUCCUUCAUUUGGGGCAGCAUGUGAUGGAUUUGUCAUUCUGCUGCAAAGACUGAAGCAGGACUCAAGUGCUAUUUGGCAUGGCCAAGUGAUUUGAUGUGCAAUUGCUUAGAAGGCUGUGCCACUGUAUAUUUACUAGAGUCUUUCAUGCUUCAUGUGUCUCCAGCUUAUCCUCAUAUGAAGUGCCUGAAUUGAAAAUGCCUAAGCCUAUGAACAGGACCUAGAAUUACAAUGCCAGUCAACUUACAGUUGAGAUUUUUAGAACUCUUAAGCUUUGACAUUUUGAGUCUUGUCUCAAUUUGAAUACAAUUUUAAUUCCAGAAUUUAGCAAACCGAUAUUUGCUAGGUCUCAAGUAACACAAGUAAUGUUAGAUAAUACCUCUACAAAAUCUUGAUGUCACUGCGUGUUAUCACAGCUGAACACAUAACCAAUGGAAUACAGAUUUUUACACUCUGCUAUGAGUACAGUCCCGAUCCUAAAAUUGGACAAUAUGAAGCUGAUAGUAAUACUGGCUUGGAGCAAAAACACAACCGUAAAAUGUAAGAAUUACAAGGGGAGAAUGGCAUUAAAAGGAUCACAAAAGAAGCGUGAGCAAAUCUCUAUGUUAGUCUUUUGCCUGAGCCUAUGCAAAGUAUACAGCUUUGGUGAACCAAGUCAGCACGAAUGGCUGCUAGACUCCAUACACUCCUUGUGAUUUCCCUGCAAGUCUUGGUACCGGAUCCGUGAGAGAUCGAGGCUAAAUUUAUGAUGAUAAGGAAGUUUGUGGAAAAUCUGCGAAAGUUGCUGUGUGUGUUGAGUGUGACAAGUUAAAAAUGCUGGUAGAGUGCCAGACAAUCCUAAGCAUCUGUCACUGUACAAUCUGUACAUUUGUUAUGUAUUUGGAGUCAGUGAACUUCAUUUUUACAUAUGAGUUGUAUAUUAAAAUUGAUAUAUUAAAAUAUAUGAAUAUUUAUUGUUCACAAUA